AUGGCCGGGCAUCAGAAACCCACCACCGUGCCGACGAGUCACCUCUAUCGGAUCCACCCGCUAGCACCGGUGGCAAGGGGCAUUCGGGAACCGGCGGAACCGGUCGUGGAGCCGUCCACUUCGGGGGUUUCGGCAAGGCAGAGGCGCCGAAGGGGGGAGGCGUUGAAGAAGCACCGCUCGACGUCGACAACUCCACAGCAGGCCCUCGAUCGUGCCAGCCAUGUUCGACCCGGAGCGAUGGCCAUCUCCAUCGUCCUCAUCCCUCUCUACAUUGGGUUUCUAAUCGUGCUGUGCUCGGCUCCGCUGGCGGAUUUUCGCGUUGUCUUCUUCGCAGGCGUAGUGUGGCUGAGAUCUCGCAGGGUCAACCUGGAUUUUCAUCCCCUUGUCUGGACGUCCAAGCUGGAAGAAAGUCUGGCAGUUGUUAAGAUUUUGGCUUUUGGGAGUUCUUCCGCUGGGCUGUCAGUGCAUGAUGGAUCUCCAGCAAAAUACGAGGCUUCAGUAGCCGAUGAAUUCGGAAUCGACGAAGGGCCCGCGACAUUUACGAUGCAAGACCACUUGAAUUUUUUGUUCUCCACCACGCAGUGCAGAGUUGGGUCUCUGGUAUUCUCAGGCUCAUGGAGCACCGAGUUUGACCAGAGAAAGGGAAUUGGAGAGACGAAGGACAAGUGGCACGGCAACAGGGUCAAUGGAAGCAUCACAUCGCUUGGAAUCAGACGAAGAGGACGAGCCCCUCUCUGAGGAGGAUUACGAUGACAGCCAAGCCAACGAGCGCUUACACUUUUCUCCAUUCACGUAAUGUGAUGCUGUAGAAUACAGAAGUGUACCGAAAGGUUCAGUAAAGUGGUGGUCAAGCGCCAUGAAACCAAAUUCUCUCGGGUUCACAGGAAUCGAGAGCAUGUACAGAAACCCCCCAGAAACGUCAUGUCAUGAAGUUGUGCCUGUUGUGGGUGCAAAUGUAAUUAGUGUUCAGAGAUCAACUAAUCGCACUGCAACUAUGAUUUGUCUGCUGGAUUGGUGUUCCAUCAUGACCGUGUUGUAAGAAUGGGCUCGGAGUCCUUGUUGAGAACAUGUUUUAUCAGUGUUACCAGUGUGUGCAUCUUUGCUGCAAAGCAUGAGCGCACAGACUGAGAACUUUAAACUUGCUGAAA